UAGUAUAAAACGCAAUUGUGCACGUGAUGUAUUUUACUUUCUUUUACAUGUAUACACUUAUUCAUAAUUAUUAAUAUUUGUAUUAUGAUCUAUAUAAAUUUAUAUUGUGAUAAAUGAAUUAUAUUAAAAGUUUAUUAUAAAAUUAUUAUACAAUUUUGAAUGAUUAAGAAAAAUAGAUUUAUAAAAUUGUUAGAUUUUGUUAAUUUUUGGUUUGUUGAAACGUACUAAAAAAAAUGACUUCACCGUUUACUUGUAUCACAUGUCGCGUAGCAUUUAAAGAUUUGGAAAUACAAAGACAACAUUACAAAUCAGAUUGGCAUAGAUAUAAUUUAAAGAGAAAAGUAGCUGAAUUACCCCCUGUAUCUGCUGAAGAAUUUCAAAAAAAAGUAAUUGCGCAAAGAAAUAAAGAUGACAAAGAAAGAGAAGAAGAAACAAUGAGUUGUAAAAUAUGUAGAAAGAAUUUCAACACUAGAAAUCAAUAUGAAAAUCAUUUAUUAUCAAAGAAACACAAGGAAAAAUAUAUAAAACAAAAUAUUUCUUCUGAAAUUGUAAAUGAAGAUCUCAGUGAUGAUGGUCCUUCGGAAGAUUUUAUUAGUAAAAAAAAUAUAAAUGAAAAAGUUUCCAAGGAACAGCUAAGAGAAACAAAUUCUGAUAUUGAAUCUAUAGAUUCUGAUGAGUGGAUUGAAGAUAUUGAAAAUCCAGUUACAAAUAAUAAUUGUUUGUUUUGCAAUCAUCAUAGUAGAUCUUUAGUAAAGAAUUUAAAACAUAUGACAAUUGCACAUUCAUUCUUUAUACCAGAUCCUGAAUAUUGUAUAGAUAUUAAAGGUUUACUUGAAUAUCUUGGAGAAAAAAUUAUUGCUGGAUAUAUGUGUAUUUGGUGUAAUAAUUCUGGAAGAUGUUUUCAAAGUGCUGAGGCUGCCAGAGCACAUAUGAUUGACAAAGGUCAUUGUAAAAUGUUGCAUGAAGGAGAUUCACUUGUAGAAUAUGCAAAAUAUUAUGAUUAUUCAUCUAGUUAUCCUGAUGCAGAAUCUGGUGAUCCAGAUGCAGAAAUUGAAAUACCAGAAUUAGAUGAUAGUGAUUAUCAGCUAAUAUUACCAUCUGGAAAUAUUAUUGGCCAUAGAUCUUUAUUAAGAUAUUAUAAACAAAAUUUGAAUCCAAAUAGAGCAGUUGCAAUAUCAAAAAGUACAAAAUUACGUAAAGUAUUAUCACAAUAUAGAGCUUUAGGAUGGACAGAAACAGAGAAAGAGGCUGUUGUAAAAAAAGCCAGAGAUAUCAAAUAUAUGCAAAGAAUUCAGGCAAAAUAUUCUACACAAUUACAAUUUAAGGCAAAUAAAUUGCAAAAACAUUUUAGACCUCAAGUGAACUUUUAAGUCUUCUUAUUAUGUGUAUAUUUAAAUAUUAUUGCAAGACUGUAUUCCUUUUUAAAUUAUAUAAUUUUUAUGGAAAAUUUUGUUGCUUGUUACAUCGCAUAUUUAUAUAUCUAUUAUCGAAAUAAAGUUGUACUUAUUUAA